GCAUCAAAAAUUGAUGACAGACUAUUGGUUAUUGCAGUAUCUACUAUCGAAAACAUUUAUGUUGUGGUGGCUAUGCGGACGGGAACUAGAAUAUCCGAACAUUGGGGUCGGCUGGGUCGCCUAAAUUCCACAUGUUACCAAUCGAUCCCCUCUAGUUUGGCAUAUACCGUUCAUUCAAGAGCGCUUACAGCCGCGCGUGGGUUCUAUUUCUGGCUUCCUACUUUUUCUGCGCCUCCAACAUAUUGCUUAAUUAUUGGUUCAACAAACAAAUCUCACCUACAUGUAAGCACGUUCUUUAGUAUCUGGAUCGCUUUGAAGAGAAAGUGAAUUUAGGUCAUGUCAACUGCGGCCGAAUCUUAAAUUAUAUUCCGAAGGCAACUCGAGAGGUAUGGUACAAAUAUGGUAAUUAACGAACAAGUAUGAGGCGGUGUUAUAGUAGACCUGGAGAUAGUCUGGCUAUAUAGGAGACCGUUUGGUACGCUUGUAUUUUGACUUUCUUUUCAUCAAUAACCUCAUUAACAAUUUCAUCCCCAUACCUUUUUACGAAUCUCAUUAGGUCUACAAAUUUCUUUUCUCAUUUUUUCGUAGAAAAUACUUCUUUCUUAUUUCAACUUCAAAGUCCAUAAUUCAUAAUGCAUACUUCAAAUAUUCUCUUCGGAAUUUCAUUCCUCUCAACCAUUGUUGCUGCAGCUCCUUUCUCAGUCGAUAAUAGCUUCCUUGAAGCUGUAACAGCAACCAAUACAGGGCCAUUACUAGCAAUUCAAACCGCAGCCCAUGGUUCUCUUUCUAAUAUACCUCCUCCUGCUGCAUUGGUCGGUGGAGAUGACAGUCUCACCAAUUUCAAGCUCGUCGCCUUCAAUGAGAACAUGGAAGUUGCAUUUUUCGAGGAGCUUACCUUCAACAUCACAAACAAUGUCCCAGGUUAUACAUUCGGUAGUCAAGACAGCAGGGACACAGUACUUACAAACCUCAACGCAAUUGUCGCACAAGAAAAAUUACAUUCAUUGAAUGCUGAGAAAGCUAUCGUUCGUUUCACCAAUGAUACCGAUGCUAUCAUUCAGCCAUGCCAAUACAAUUUCGAUGUUACCAACUUUGAGCAAGCCAUAGCUACCGCAUCUCUUUUCACAGAUGUAACUAUGGGUACUUUGGGAGAUAUCCAAACCGUAUUCGGUACAAACGGUGAUUCCAAAUUCAUCCGUGGUGUUGCAGCAUCACUCGGACAAGAAGGAGAACAAAACGGAUAUUUCCGACAAAUCCUUCACAAAAUCCCAUCCGCUCUUCCUUUCCUGACAGCUAGUACCAGAGAUUUCGCAUUCAGUGCUUUAAAUCAAAAUUUUAUCGUUGAAGGAAGUUGCCCAAACAGUGACACCAUCCCUCUCAAGACCUUCCAGAAACUUACUGCUUCUCAACCCGACACCAUCGAUUCCGACACCAUUAUUACUUUCUCAUUCCAGCUCAACGCAGAUCAAGACUACACCACCACCUGGGGAGAUAAAUGCGAGGGACUCUCGCUCGUCUAUGUUAAUCAACAAAAUAAACCUGUGGUUCAACCAUUCGAAAGUAUCAGUUUACAAGCAGAUGGAAAGACGGUUGUUUUUACUGCGAAAUUCCAAUUUGAUGCCGGUGCCGCCAAUGGGGCUACGGGUAAUGGCUUGACUUUGGCUGCUUUGGCUAAGGGUACUGAUUUUGCCAACGCGUUGGAGGUUUCUAAUAAUGCUGUUUUUGGACCAGCACCAAUUGAGAUUAAUUGAUUGGAUUGAAUAUUGAGGGAAUGAGGGGUUCACGUAUUGGGGAGAUUUGGCAUAGCAUAGCGUGGUGUUCUUUGGAUUUUUCUUCUAGGAAAUCGGGAUUUACUUGGUGAUGAGUUGUUUGCAUCGGGCGGUGUUUGGUUUCGUUAUUUUCUUGGCCUUCUUGUCGGGAAACCUGUCUUUACUUCCAGAAUGAUUCUCCUGGCUCUUAACA